UCAGCCAGUCGGUCCGCGCGCAGUGUGAAGCGGAGCGCAGGAGCUCGUUCUCAUUCUGAGAAACUGCCGGGCUGUGCAGAGUGAAAUGGGAUUUUACAUCUCACAACUUUCUCACUAAGAGGAAUUCCAGACGGAUCAAUGGCAUGGCUGUCGACGCUGCCUCCAGCUUUAGUUUCUGUCGUCCUGCAGUAGAAUAUAAGGCACUUCCAGAGGACUUUAAGUACCAGCUGAGCCGCUGCACUGGAGGAAAUCUUACCUGGCAUGAGUGUCGUGGGAAUAAGACAGCAGGUGGUCGCACUGUCAAACUUUUACAGCAGCCAGGAACUGAGGUCUUGCAGUUUCACACAGGGGAUGCAUACUCUGCUUACCACACUAGUCCCACCCUGCCAAGUCUGUCUAGGCCAGUGGUUCUGUGGUCCCAACAGGAUGUGUGUCGGUGGUUAAAGAAACAUUGCCCUCACAACUAUCUGACCUACGUGGAGGCUUUUUCCCACCACGCUAUUACAGGCCGAGCUUUGUUGAGACUGAAUGGUGAGAAGUUGGAGAGGAUGGGUCUGGUACAGGAAACCCUCAGGCAGGAGCUUCUUCAGCAGGUCCUGCAACUGCAAGUCCAGGAAGAGAGACGCAACCUCCAGCUGCUCAGCAGAGGGACUUUUGGGAACCUGUCAUAGCUACAGCCAUGCGUGGGCAGCUCUGCCAGGCUCAGUAUGCUGCGAGAGGGCAUCGAGGCAUGGGGCCACAGGCUAUGUGUGUCUGUAAGAAGAGACCUCUGUCUUGGACUGCCACAGGCCACUGAGGCUUUGGCAGAGCUUUCAGCAUCAACAGCUGAACCUUCAUGUCCAUCUGAGAUUCCAGAAGAGCACAGACUGAAUCUGCAGCAACAAGAAUAAAGAACCUAACCUGAAUUGCCCCUCUGAGAGUAGUACACUACUCUAAAAUGUGGUGUCUCUGAGAGCACAAGGCUUCACAACUUGAACCAGGAGCACUGGGAAACACGUUUUGCUGCUCACCUUAAGCUGUUUUCUUCUACAGAAGCAUUUUUCAAAUGAAUUUGUCCACAAAUACUAUGUGGGUGAUUUUCCAUGGCACAAUAACUCGCUUUAAUAAUCUUGCAAGAGACAAAUGUCAGUUAGCGACAGAUGGAAUCAGCUACAGUGUAAUUACGUAAAAAUUAAGAAAGCAGCAAGCCUUGACAUGCCUUUCAAAGGUACCACAUCUAACUGAAAUGUCAUGGUUUGAAGGAAAGAUGAGGUGAUAAAAACAAGCUCUUUAGGACUUCACUCGUCAAGUUAAAUGCUGUGGUUAAAAAAAAUAGGAAAGAACUGAAAGAAACCAUUGCUCAAAUGACUUUCACUACACAAAAUGUAGGUGUUUCUCGUCUAUUUAUUACCUUGAUGACACUGCGCUUUACUUGGGGACAUUUAGAGCAUUACAGAAAUUCCACCGAAUAAAAAGUUGACAUUCUCUCCAUACUUUGUCUUGAAUCCUAAACAUUCACUGAUUUCUAAUGGCUUAUUAAAUAUAUUUUCUUUUAAAAACCAUUCUGGCUUACAUGGUACCUUUUGGCCUGAGGACACAUGUCCAGACAUUUACAUUAUGGUUUUUAUCUUAUGUUUGUAUUCUUCAUAUUUAUUCCUUUGAAGUCAUAUUUUAAAAUAUGUAAAUAAAAACAUGAUGCUUGGCCUAAAGAA